UCCCGAGGAGCAGGGCUGUUCCCUGUUGCAGCCAUUCCCAGCUGCAAUAUUCCCAAUAUUCCCAGGAUUCCCGCAGGAUCCCGAGGAGCAGGGCUGUUCCCUGUUGCAGCCAUUCCCAGCUGCAAUAUUCCCAAUAUUCCCAAUGUUCCCAGGAUUCCCGCAGGAUCCCGAGGAGCAGGGCUGUUCCCUGUUGCAGCGGGCCGUGGCGGUGCUGCACAGCUCCUCCCUGCACUCCGGCUCCCAGCACGGCUUCCAGUACAGCAGCGCCAUCCUGGUGGAAAAUGAGCUUUUCCUGAGCGAGCUCCGAGCUUUCGCGCGAGCCAAGGCGGCUGCGGGAUACAGCCAGGAGGAGCUGCAGGAGACCUUCGCCUUCCUGCUCUUUGACAAGGAGGAGGAGGCGCAGCGGGUGUGUCAGAGCGGGCUCCGCGUCAACAGCAGCAACAUCUCCACCCUGGGGGACCCUGCCAAAGGGGUUUAUAUUUCCAAAUAUUCCGACUUCCUCCACCCCAGCCCUUGGCACCACGGCAAAUCAGGAUUUAUUGUCAUCUGUAAACUCAUCAAGUACUACGUGUACGAGGUCAGCGGGGCGGGAGCUGCCGAGCGGCCGCGCCAGGUGUGUCCGUACGUGCUGCUGGCCUGCCAGUACCGCCCGCCCCGGGAGAUGCCGGCGCCGGCCCCGCAGCGCCCAGCAGAGCGGAACCACCAAGAGCCGCGGUCGCUGCCGGCGGCGCCGUGCCCGUGGCGGGGCCAGCUGUGCAUCGGGGGCCGGCGCCUGUGCACCAUCGGCCUGAGGAGCCAGCACAGCGCGGGCAGCGUGCCCGCCCAGCUACCUCCCAGCCUGGACAUCAAACACGUCAUGGGAUUGUCUGACUUGAAGAAAAAACUGCCAGAAGCUGCAUUUGGGAAAAAAAAUUACACUAGGAAUGAAGUCUGCUUUCAGGGUGUUUACUCCAGUCUCUACGAGGUGGAAAUAUCCAAUAAGGAUCAAUCCAAAAUGGAUCAGCUGGUGGAAAACCUGAAGGAGAAGGACUUGGCGAUCAUCAAAUAUUUACAGGACCAAGGAGUUCUCAUCCUGCUCACGUCCUCAGCCUUGGCACGGGAGGAUGGCCUGGAGCCCAAGGAGCCCGUCAGCCUGCUGGCCCUGUUCCUGUUCAGCUCCCCCCGGGCCCUGAGCCCCCGAGAGGAACAGCAGGACCCACAGCAUAGGAAGGAGGGCAGUGCCAGGAGUGCCAUCUCCCUAAAAAUCGCCUCCGUCCUGCCGGGACUCCGCUACGCCUUACGGAAAGCAGCCAGCUCCUCCUGGAAUGCCACGGGCAGCCCCCGCAUCCAGGAGCACCUCCAGGAAUAUGCAAAACUCCAGGAAACCUCUCAGGCCAGCCCUGGCCAGAGCGGGGACGUUCCCGUGGCUGCUGUCCCCUCCCCGUGCCGGGAUGGGGAUGCUCACCCUUCCCGGGAGCUCUCGGAGCGAUCCCUGGCCCAGCUGCGGCGUUACCUCUCCGACCCCAGCAGCUUCACCCUGGGAAUCUCAGCGGCCCUGCAGUGUCUCAGUGGGGCUGGCAGGAAUGUGGGAGCCGAUCCUGGGAAUUCCUCCUCUUCCUCAGCGCCCCCAAACCCCGCUCCUUCCACCAGAGCAGCGGGAAUAACGCGGGAUAAGAGAGAGCUUCCCGCUCCCGCUCCGGAGAGAUUCCCUAAAAGUGUCACCUCUCCCACCAAGCCCUGGGGCCGGGAGAUCAGGAGGAAAUCCAGCAGGAUCCUUGGGAAAAAUGUGUCACCCCUCAAGGCACAAACACAGCCUGGGGAGAACAACAGCAGGAGCAGGGAAGCAGCCAAGAAAAAAACCAACGUCGCUUCCUCCUGUCCCAAAAAACCGGGAUCCACGGGCACUUCCAACGAGCCCAUGCUGAAACUGGCCAAUUUGCAGUUGCCACACGGAAGGAAAAGAGGUGCAGAGGUCCUGGCUGCAGAAAUUGUCCACAAACCGCAGUGUGAAAGUGCUGAGGAGGAAAGUUCAGCUCCCAAUGGUCCUGCUGUGGAGGCAAAGAGGCCAAAAACCCUGGAAAACCUGGACUCGAAGAAGGUUCCUGUCACUGAGAGUGCCACAAAGCCAGGGAAAAGCAAAAUGCAGAAAAACGUGGAAAAAGGAGCAGCAAAAGCUCCGGAGAAGCAGCAGGAAGAGAGUGAGCCGAAGGAGCCGCUCCCGGAGCUCCCGAGCGAAGCCUCAUCCCAACCCCCCGGAGCAGAAAUCCCAGGGAAUGUUCAUCCCGUGGCAAGUCCCAGCGUUGCCUUUGCCCUGCCAGGGGACAACAGCGACUCCCACGCCCUGAACCUGCUGGCUGACCUGGCCCUGGGCUCCUGCAUUCCUGCCUUUAUUCCCAAAGAUUCUGGGACCGUCCCCGUGGAAUCUGGGGAUUCCUGGGAGCAGCAGAGCCCUUCCGACCCCAAAUCCCUGCGCGUGGCUUCCGACCACAAAUACCACAGGGCAGACAAGCAGGGCAAAAAACCCACCUCCAGCAAGGUGUCCCUGACCCAGCCGCUUCCCGAAAAAACAGAUUCCAGCCAGCCGGCCUCUCCUCCCAGGGAAAAAACCUCUGGAAUUUUCGGCAGGAGCGGCGGGGUUCCUGCCCCCGCCGUAUUCCAGGUGUUUCCUCCCCGCCAAGCUCCGCAAGCCUCCGAGGUGAACGCGCACUCCAUCAUCUCAGCCGAGCACUCCUACGCCUCCCCCAUGCCCGAGGAUCCCAAAGCACCCCCAGAUCCCAAAGGGAAUCCCGCUGCCGGCCCCAGGAGCGCUCCAGGAGCUCCCUUGGUUGGGAAGGUGCUGCCGUUCCGGCACCAGCAGAGCAGCGCCGAGCCCGCCCGGAGCCAGAGGUGUCCCAGGAAAAAGGAGGAUUUCUCCAAGAGCCACACGGUGAAUCUCUGCGGGAAUUCCAUGAAGGUCACGUGCCGUUGGGAAGAGGAGUAUCUCUUCCACCUGGACAGCAGGUACACCAAUGAUUCCCUGGAGAAAACCGUCAUCCGUGCCCUGCAUGGGCCCUGGGAUCCCGAUCUUCCCGACGAUGUGGAAGGGAUGAAGCUGAUCCUGCACAUGUGGGUGGCUCUGUUCUACAGGAAGCCCAGCAAGCUCCUGAGCAGCUCCAGGAAGGUGGUGGAGCACAGCAAUCCCAGGAAAUUCGUCUCCAUCAACAGCUCCGGUGGCUUCCUGGAGCUCAGCGACGACAGCCAGGACUGCUUCGGCUUCGAGACGUGUCCUGCAGACUCCGGCUCGGAUCCUGACCAGACUCCCAGCAGCUCCCUGGAUCCCAGCACCCCUUCCCAGGGCGCUCCCCAGCCCGAGAAGAGCCCCGCCGACUCCCAGACGGACGCGGACGGAGCUGCCGGAGCUGUGGACAGCACCGUGUCCUCCUCCUCGGGGGAGCUGCCCUGCGGGGAGGAGGAGGAGGAGCCUUCCUCCACCAGCUGUCCCGAGAGCCUUUCCCUGCAGGAUCAUUCCAGGGAAAAGCUGGAUGUGGCCGGCGGGGAGCCGGAGGGCGUUCCUGAGGAGAGCGCGCGCCACGUCUCGAGCGUCACCGCGGAGGAGCCAGCCGAGGAGGACUUGCUGGAUGCCAGGAUCACCCCCAGCCCUCCCGAGGAGCUCGGCUGUCCCAGCAAAUCCCCAGAUGCGCCGGGCACGGAAAACCCCGGGAGCCAAACCCCAAACUGCAGCCGAGCUCCAUGGACAGACCCCCCCUGUGCACCUCAGGACAACGGGGAGCAGCAGCAGCAAAAGCAGCAGGAAGCAGGCUCAGGGAGUGGCCCCGGCCCUCCCGAGGAUGAGGAGGGAACGGGAUGCUCUGGGCAUUCCCUGGAAGUUGAGGAUGGCGCUGAUCCGCAGCCUGCCUGUGAUUCCGUGCCCUUGGAAGCGGCUCCUGGGAGCGCAGAGCCUGGGGGAGCCACUGAGCAAGGGGAGGAAUGCCAGGAGCCCCCGGAGCACUCAGAGGAGAGGGAGGUGGAGGAGGAGAAGAAAGAGGACGAGGAGUUGGAGGACGAAAGCUCCUUUGUGGACCCCGUGGAUUUGGUGCUGUCCGAGAGCAGCGAUGCCGAGAUGGAAUGCGAGCAUGGCGAGCAGAAUCCAGGGAAUUCGGCGUCUCCAGAGGAGUUUGGUGUUCCUGAAGAGGACCCCGCGCUCAGCCCCACGCCCCUGGCACCCCCCUGCCCCGACAGAUCCUCCCCAGCGCCCUCAGAUGGGGCUGGGACUGACCCUGGAGGCUUUCCUGAGGAGAUGUCACCAAACCAGGAGGAGCUCCCGGAUCCCUGGGACGCUCCGGGCACGCCGGAAUCAGAGACAAGCGGGGUUGGAGUGGCCAGUCCGGCCGAGGUGGGGUCACCCCACAGUGACAGCGGGGAGCUGCCAGUCCCCCCUGAGCCCAGCCUUGUCCGUGGGGCGCAGCCCGACAGCGUGACGGACAGCCCGGGAUCCGCCGGAGCCACGCUGGGGAACGGCUCCGAGCACAAAAACCGGGAUCGGGCCCCCUCUGGAGAACGGUGGGAGCCUGCUGGGAGCGCGGGGUCCCCCUGCAGACAGGGAAUGAGCCUGACCCUGUCCCCCGACACCAGCUCCGUCUGCCUGACCUCUCCCGAUGGCUCCGUGGAUCCCUGGGCUGCUCCGGAGGAUCAGCCCGUGGAGAGCGUCCAGUCACCGUCCCAGAGCGAGCUGGGGCGGAGCAGCUGCUUCUCCCAGCGUGGUGGGGAUGAGGCCGAGCCCGACCCCAAUUCCCUGGAUGCUGAGGAGCCCAACCAAGGCAGCAGCGGGGUUUUGGUGGGGGAGCAGCAGGGGAGCCCCUCUGGCAACGGCACAGAGGAGCUGGAUGAUCCCAUGGGAGCAGGAGAUGGCCGGGACUCCCCCUUUGACUACACAGACAUAGGAGGUGACUGCAGGGCUGAGGAGAGCGAGGAUGCGUUCCCUGGGACAGAGAAUUCCCCCGGGAAUGACACCACGAACAUGGAGAUGGCGGACAUCCCUCUCCACCGUCACCUCCUGGAAUCAGAGCCCUCCUCCUCCAUCAGGGAGGGCAUCUCAGCCAUACAGGAGCUCCCCUGGCAGCAGCAGAGCUUCCCAGACAUCCACGGGGACUCAGCUCCUGCUUCUCCUGGCGCCGGAGACUCCAAUCCCGGCAUUCCCGCCGUGCCGGGCCGGCGGGAGUCGGUGCUGUGCCGCCUCUGGAAGCCGUGCCGGGAAGGAGGAGCCACGCAGGUGAGCGUGGCUGCCUGGAGCCUGGAUGGCUCCUUGCAUCCCGGCUGUUCCCAAGGGCUGGUAGAAUCCCCAGCUCCGUGCUCCCCCAUGGAUGCGUCAGCAGAGUCGGGAUCUGCUCCUCCUUCUCCAUGUGACCCAUGGGAUGAUCCGGAGACUGCGGAGCCGGGCUCGCCUCUCCCUGAGGUGCUCCCUGGGGUGCUCUCUUCCACCCCAGACAGUGCCUGGUGGGCCGGGAGCUGUGGCAGCCCCAGGAGCAGCUCCAGGAGCCAUGGCAGCCCCAGGAGCAGCCCCAGGAGCCCCAGGAGCUGUGGUAGCCCUGGGAGCCCCUGGAGCCAUGGUAGCCCCAGGAGCCAAGGUAGUCCUAGGAGCCCCAGGAGCUGUGGCAUCCCCAGAUGCCAUGGUAGCCCCAGGAGCCAUGGUAGCCCCAGGAGCUGUGGGAGCCUCAGGAGCCCCAGGAGCUGUGGCAGCCCCAGGAGCUGUGGUAGCCCUGGGAGCCAUGUGAGCCUCAGGAGCCUUGGGAGCCAUGGCAGCCCCAGGAGCCGUGGUAGUCCCAGGAGCCCCAGGAGCUGUGGCAGCCCCAGAAGCCAUGGUAGCCAUGGUAGCCCCAGGAGCCAAGGUAGUCCUAGGAGCCCCAGGAGCUGUGGCAGCCCCAGAUGCCAUGGUAGCCCCAGAAGCUGUGGUAGUCCUGGCAGCCCCAGAAGCCGUGGGAGCCCUGGGAGCCAUGGUAGCCCCAGAAGCCACGGUAGCCCCCAGAGCCAGGCAGAGGGUGCCGGAGGCAGCCCUGGGGAGGAGCCCUUCCUGCCAGAGGACCUGGAAGGAGGCAGCAUUCCCAGUCCUGCACCUUUCCCAGCCCGGGAGUGUCCCCUGUGCGAGCCCUGGGAUGUGUGCGAGCACAACCCCGAAGGAUCCCAGCUGUUCCCCGAUCCUGACUGUGCCGGCGCUGAGGUGGGACAGGGGGAAAUUCCCGCUUCUCCCGUCCCGUGGGAUGAGCCUGGGGAUCCCUCUGGGGAACACCUGGAGUUCAGCGAUGCCGAGGAUGUUUCGGAUCUGCUGCCAAGGGAAGAGCAGCUCCCGAGCCAAGACACGCACGAGGGCUUGGCCUUGGAAGAUCCAUUGGAGAAUUCCUUUGGUGACUCAGACCAGGAAUAUUUUGAGGGGAAUUCUCGCUCCCCUCUUCCAAGCAGGAGUUCCUGCAUCAUGAGAUCCACGGAUGCUGCAGGAACAAGGACUACCUGGGACAGCUCCUCCAGGAGCUCCGCGCACACGGAGGAGCGCGGGGAGGCCCGGGACGGGGACAUCCGCAGGGAUUACGGGAGCUUUGUGGUCACCAGGCAGUGCCAGGAGAGGACGGAACAUUUCCAGCUUCCCAGGAGGCGCAGCCGCCGUGCCCGGGAGUCUCACCUGGCCCGCUCCCUGAUGGGGACCUGGAGGGGCUUGGAGGAAAUCACCCAGGCCACUUUAGACAUGGAGUGUCUCCGCUUCCAUUAUAAGCUAAAAGAAAUCCUGAGGAACGGCAAACCCUCCUUUUCUACCUCCAAAAGCAUCUUCCCGACGGACUUUCCUCCCCGCCACGCCCCCGUCCCGCUGUCCCCACGCAGCAGGAGCCCCUUGCAGGUGACGAUUCCCCCCUCGGACGCGUGGCCGGGCGGGGACGCUCGGGCCGCCAGGAGAGGCCGAUCCCGGGCGGGGAGCCGGGAUGCCGGGGCCGCCUGGCACCUGGGCAAGCUGCGGUACGAGCACGCCGCGCCCGAGCCGCGCGGGGCCGUGGCCGGCAUCCUGCGCGAGUACUCCGAGUUCCAGAGGGUGCUGCUGGCCCGGGCCGAGGCCGGGAGCGACGCCCCGGCGCCGGGGGAGGCCGGGAGCGGCCGGCCGGGGGCGGCCCGGCCCUGCGGGACGGCGGCGUUCCGGGGAAUGGUGGCGGAGCUGUGCGGGGCCCUGCGCUGGCACCUGCGGCGCGUGGCCGCCAGCGGGCAGCCCGGAAUGUUCUACCUGCUGGAGACUGGGAAGGAGCCCUUCUUCGACAGGGUGAAGGCCCUGCUGAAGGCGGAGGGGUUUGUGAGGACGGAGCCCCUGACCUUCUGCAGAGCCCAGCAGCGGGACAGCGAGCGCCUGCUGGUCAUCGUCCGGAACGAGGACAUCGCCUCCCACAUCCACAGUGUGCCGUGCCUGCUGGAGCUGAAGCGCUGUCCUGGCGUGGUGUUUGCCGGCGUGGACGAUCCCGAGGAGGUGACGGGGGACACGUUCCAGGAGCUCUUCCAGGCUGGAGGAUUCGUGGUGUCCGACGAGGAGCUGCUGGAAAGGGUGACCCUGGGCCAACUGAAGGAGGUGGUGAAGGUGCUGGAGAAGCUGAACCGGAGCGGGAGGUGGAAGUGGCUCCUGCACCACAGGGAGAGCAAGAAGCUCCGAGGAGACCUCAGGGACGACGCGGGUGCCCAGAAGAAGCAGCUGCUGCUGCGCUGGUGCCAGGGGGCAGAGCUGCUGGAGCUGCUGCCCUUCCACGGCUGCGACGCCGCGCCCGAGUCCCGGCGCGCCCAGUGCCUGCCGGAGCUGCAGGCGCAGCGCGUCCGCGCCCGCUUCGCCGUGUACCUCACAGAAAAUCCCAGCAGCAGCUGCAGGGAGAUCCUGGAAAGCAAAGGAAUUCUUGUGGCUGACAUCGACACCUUCCUCGGGACGGUGCAGAAAGUGGCUGCUCCCUUUAGAAGAAGCUACUGGUGA